AUGAUGUCGCUCCUCGCCCAGCCGCUCUCGCCCCGCUCCAGCAGCCGCCUGGUCUUCGGCGCCUACGAGGCCGCGCCCAUGCCGGUGCCGAUGGCCGCAGCCUCGCCCAGCGGCAGCAGCACCAGCAGCAGCAACAACAGCAGCAUCAACAACAACACCAAGGACCGGCCCUUCGUCUGCGAGGAGCCCGGCUGCGGCCGGCGCUUCAACCGCAAGUUCACGCUCAGCGAGCACAAGAAGACCCACACGGGCGAGAAGCCCUACGUGUGCCCGCUGGCCGAGUGCAGCCGGCGCUUCAGCACGUCCGGCAACCUGGCGCGCCACAAGCGCCUGCACGCGUCGCUCAAGCCCUUCGAGUGCGACAUCAACGGCUGCAAGCGCUCCUUCCCCAGCCAGGAGAAGCUCGACCACCACAUCAAGAUCCACACGGGCCGGAGGACCCACAUGUGCCGAGCCACCGGCUGCACCAAGACCUUCAGCACGGCCGGCAACCUCACGCGGCACAUCAAGAACCGCCACCCGGAGCUCGUGCGGACUACCACAACCUACCCGUCCUACCAGUUCCCGCGCCCCGUCAUGCCGUCCCCCAUGCACCGGCCAGAGGCUCCGAAUGGCAUCCAUUCGCAACCCCUGCACAUUGCCGACGUCCGGCAUGACAUGCCGUCGCCUCACAUGCUGGCCAAGAUCGAGCCGACCCCGGUCUUCUCGCCCGACUCGGUCGAGCUGUCGUUGUUCCAGGACGAGCUCUCAGCCUUCCAAAUGGCUUGCGAGCCACCCGUGCAGCCGUUCGCGGCCCGGCCGCAGGAGCUAGCCGUGCUCGAGGGCCACCACCACCACCAGCACCCGCAGUCGCUGAGCGAGAUCGCGCGCUGCAGCAUGAGCGUGCUGGACGAGGUCAUCGAGUUCGAGCUCACCAAGAACGUAUGAGCGGUAGUAGGUUGUGAGUAUUUCCAAUCGUAUAUUGAUAUAGUACAUGUAGACUUUGGAUCCCCGUC